AUGGCGUCGUCCUACAGCGGCAGCUUCCAGUCCUCUAGCAGCGGCGGCGGCGGCGACAACAACGAUCACGACGCUCUCGGCGACUCCUUGGCUUCCUUUUUAAACCCACCCGCAACUUCGCCCCCGGGUCCUCCUCCGGUCUUCGACUCUUUCUCCCCUUAUCUCGCCUCUUUCCCUUUCUCCUUCCCUUUCCCCCCGCCGCCGGAGCAUAACUCUCUCCCCCUCGACUCUCCGUGGCCCAAGCCAAUCCACCAAUCGUCUCCUCCUUUCUCCACCAACUCCACUUCCACCGCUGCCCUGCCGUCGGCUUCCGCUCCUCCUCCUCCGUCCGCUGCACCAGAUGUGCCCAGGGGGUCCAAGAAGCGGUCGAGGGCCUCGAGGCGAGCUCCCACCACUGUCCUCGCCACCGACACCUCCAACUUCCGCGCCAUGGUGCAGCAGUUCACUGGAUUCCCGACUCCGCCAUUCGCCACUUCUGCUGCUCCUUCAGGGUCCUUCUCCCGGCCUCGACUCCAUCUUUUCGACGCCGCCGCUUCCAUCUCCACUUACCUUCCCAAACCUCCUUUCCCUUCCUCUUCCUUCUUUAGAACCGCUCCUCUUUCCAAUCUAAACGGUAUUGCCACCGCUGCUUCUUCAUGUAGCUCAAAUCCCAUCUCUGAUGGUCAAAAUCCUAAAUUUGACCCUUCAACUGCAAAUUUCCUCUCUCAAACUCUGCUCCAAUCCGCGACGAGCCUGGUCGGAGACAGUUCGAACUACGCCACGGAAGAAGGCGGCCUUGGCAUCCUCAUCAAAUCCCCACCCCUGAAAAAACAUGGCAAAUCCGAGGCCAAUUAA